GUAACAUGAGUCGGGAUGAAAACUGUGCGUUGGAUCCGGCUGCCAGUGCAGAUGCUGUUCGCCAAAGAGAGCGAGAGGAGGUGCAUGAUGGAUCCCGUCCCACUGUUGCUCAUCGUGGUCACAUCUUUGCCAUUUUGCCCGGCAGUCUUCACCGGGCCCCUCCAGCCGGAGAUCUCCAAUGGUACUUUCCAUCACUUCUUUGUUCCAGACGGGGAUUACGAAGAGACUGAAGACCCGGAGGACUGCCAGAUGUUGUUUAAAUUCUCAGAUGUGUAUCCAUGCGGGGCCUCUGAAGAGAGGGACUCCGUGGUGCGGGACGACUUCAUCAUCACCAAGCUGCAGGCGGAGGACGCGGCGCGGCUGCUGGAGGGCAUCGGCCGGACCGUGACGCACGACCUGGACGGGGAGGACAGCUACGGCAAGUUCCUCCAGCGGGAGAUCUCCCAGAUCGGAGAGGCUUUUUCAAACGUGGACAAGUCUCUGCUGGAGCUGGAGGUGAAGUUUAAACAAAGUCAAGAGACUGAGCUGAGAGAGGAGCAACAGCUGAACGGCUAUGUUAUGAAGCAAGUGAGUGACAUCAGGGACGCUCUGAGGGGAACUACGGACAUCUCGGUGGGACUUAAAGAUAAACAAGAGCUGCUGUCUCUCAUCAUCCGCAGUCAUGGCACCAGACUGAGCCGCCUGAAGACAGAGUAUCUUCGUGUUGGCUCAUAGUGGGAUUAUUGCAGUUUAUAGUGUGUGUGUGUGUGUGUGUGUGUGUGUGUGUGAGUGAGAGAGAGAGAGAGAGAGAGAGACAGAGAGAGAGAGAGACAGAGAGUGAGAGGGGACCCUCCAGAUCAACAAAGAACUGGAAAGUUCAUUGUGGCUUAUGAAUAUCCUUCUUUGGCAUCUUGAAUAUGUCUGACCUUUGGUUAUCCCUGCUCCUUGGAAAUGUGCCAUUAAGGGGAGCUCUAACAUCAACACAUUCCUCUGAGUCAGGAGGGAAAAUGGAAAUGUAAACAUAAAUUAGGUCUGCAUGCCAUGUGUCACCUCUGAGGAAGAGAUUUAUUCAGAGGAGAGUAUGAAAAUAAAAGCCCUUAAGUAGAUUUGUCAGCCUAAUUUCUAAAAUAGCUGCAUUUUUGUAUUUAUGGUAUAAUUACAUUGUUUAAACAAUUUUAGGUUAUUAAUGAACAAAUAAAUGCUUAAUAUUCAUCACAUAUCUUAAUUCCCCCUAUAAGAGAUGCCAUAUGUUUCAAUGUCUUUAACAAUAAAAUCCAUAAUUUUCUUUUUUAAUGUCAUAAGUUUUCUUCCCUUACUAAUUUGUCAUGAGACAUACAAUGCCAUACUAUAAAAACAUCCAUCCUUUGAAGCUUGAGGUUUACAUAAACAGUGAAAACCUCUGAAAUCUGAACUUUUGAUUUUCGGCAGCGGAAAGUGACCCUCCUUCCCUGUCAUGUAUUUACGUCACCACAUUUGUUUUUGGCACUACAUGUGGCAGAUUUGCCUGACCCAUCCAGUGGCCCUGGUUAAUUGGCGUCUGAUGUCUUUCACCGCCUCCCACUUCCAUCUGGAAGUCAUCUACUCAAGUAUGAAAUAUGUUUGUCCAAGCCACUGUUGUCACUAUCUACUUUUUGUGAUCUAUAACAUUUGUGGUUAAUAUGAAAUGUUUUGUGUUGAAAUUCUGUGUUGUUCUGGAUGAUGUCAUUUUAAAACAAAUAUACUUAAAAACGCUUGUUCAGAUCUCUGAAAGAAA